AUGUUUAGGAUAGUGGUAGUGGCAUUUUUUUCGGUGAUAGUUUUAAGCGCAAUUCCAAGCCUGGAAUCCAAUCGCUGCCUUGGCAGGCCUGACGGUUUCUUCGUCAACGACUUUACAGCAUGUGACGCCUUUUUCACAUGCAUCCGCGGAACGCCAAGGCCGGGACGUUGCCCGGAUGGGUUCUACUUUAACGAGAGCAAUCAAAUGUGCGAUCACCCGUGGAAUGUGAUUUGCCUGCUUUGCGUUGGAACGGAAACAGAGACGGAACCGGAAACGGAGCCACAAGAAGGUGUAGUGACGGAGUUCUUUCCGAUCGAAAACGAAUGCAGCAUGUACACGCUCUGUGUCGAUGGUGUUGGAUUCCUGAGAGAGUGUGCGGCCGGUUUGAUGUUCGAUCCCGUGGCUCAGCGCUGCGACCUGGAGGAAAAUGUUCAGUGUGUGGUAAACAUCUGCCCGAACAGUGUCAACCCGGCGGUAGCUUCUAUGGUACCGGAUCCGACGGAUUGCUCUCAGUACUACGUCUGCUUCAACAGGAUUCCGAACGGACCGUAUACGUGCAACGCUGGUCUUCUGUUCGAUCCCAUUACCAGGCGAUGCGACCUGAAGGAUAAUGUCGAAUGUCAGCUGAAUAAGAUUUAG